UCAUUGUGGAACGGAGGGAGUAAUAUGUAUCAUAUAUGUAACGGCUAAUGAUCAUUCUUUACUGUACCAUUCACCAGACCAACUUUAAUUAAUUAUGUAAAAAAAUCUCACAACUUGACUGUUCAUAUCAUGCAAUUUAUAAAUACUUAUCUAAACCUUAUAUAAGUCUCUCCAAUUAUGCAGUGAACACACAAACAAAAACCACUUAAUAUUACAAUUAUGGGAACCAAACCGUAUAUCUAUACCCUCCUCUUCAUCACUCUCCUCUUCCUUCUCCCUUCCCUCAACCUUUCACUCUCCCCACCCCCACCACCACAACAACGACGCUGCUACCCGGACGACGAACGAGCACUCCUCCAAAUCAAGGCAUACUUUGGUAGCAACUUGAGCAUGUUCUCAACAUGGACAUCACAAAACGGUUGUUGCAACAAGUGGAGUGGUGUACUAUGCAAGAAGAUCCCCAAGACAAAUAUCCACCGUGUUAAUUUCCUCGAAAUCAUUGGCUCGGAUGAGGUUGUAGGUACAAUCCCCACCACCCUCAAUAAACUCCCGUACCUCGAAACCCUCAUCUUAAGACUAUUACCCAACCUCACGGGUCCUAUCCCACCCGUCAUCGGCAACCUCACUAGACUAACAUACUUAUCCCUUAACUGGGAUGGCCUCAACGGUCCCAUCCCGAAUUUCUUAAGCCAGCUCACCAACUUAGUCGUCCUUAGCCUUAAUAACAACCGGUUUACUGGUUCUAUUCCUGCUUUCCUAGGUCAACUCCCUAAACUACAGGGAGUUGACCUACAGGAAAAUCAGCUAACAGGCCGAAUCCCUGAGACAUUCGGCCUGUUCGCAAAUGACUCACAAAUUAACUUGUACAACAAUAAGUUAUCUGGUACAAUCCCAAAGUCCCUAGGAAAGAUAAACUUCGAAUCCCUUGAUCUAUCAGGUAAUCAGCUCAUAGGUGACGCUUCCUUCUUGUUUGGUGAGGACAAGUCCAACUUAGCUCACUUAAUCUUAUCGAGGAAUCGAUUGUCGUUCGAUUUCUCGAAGGUGGUGAUGCCAGUAGGCCAGCUGAAUUCAUCGUUAUCGGUGCUAGAGUUGAGCCAUAACCAGAUAUAUGGGAGUCUGCCUACUUGGUUGGGGUAGGCACCCUUGUUGUAUCAAUUCGAUGUAAGCUAUAACCGGCUUUGCGGGCCGAUCCCGACUGUCGGAGGGAGGUUGCAGCAAAGCUUUCCUGCGUCGUCGUUUGAGCAUAAUUUGUGCUUGUGUGGUGCUCCAUUGCCUCCUUGCAAGUCGUAAUUCAUCAGCUGCAGCGUUGGAGUCGGACGUUGACUACUUGUGUUGAAAUGCUUUGUUUUAAGGUGUUUCUUUUAAAUAAUUAUAAAACGGUUAAACAAUGAAUGUGAAAAGUGGAAGGAAUGUCAAAACCUUUAUUUAUGUAAAAUAAAAAUAGAUGAUACAAUCAUACAAAUUACAUUACUGCUGAUUGUUGAAGUUAUAAAUCUUAUAAUA